AUGUCUUUCAUUGUUACCGGCUCGCCGUGGUUGCUCCGCCGCUGGACAGCCCUCUCCACCACCCUCGCCACAGGGAUGUACCACUUCCAGAUGAGAAAAAAGUGGAGCUCGCUUCAGAUUGUCGAUCAGCUUCCGUGGGCGACGGCGCCCUUCGACGACCUGUCGAUCAGGCCAAUGUUGCUCCUUUCGGCGCUUCAGCCGCAUCGCGCGGGCACGCGCGCCGCGGCGCCGGUGCUGCAGCAAGACCGGGCCACGCAGAGGCUCGGCGUCGCCCCGCCGGGCGAGAACCCCAUGGGCGGCUACCCGCCCCCUUUCCACGGCGGCCAGCAGCAGCGCGGCUUUGCACAGCAAGGGUACCCGCAGCAGGGCGGGUACGGAGGCGGCGGGCGUGGACGAUACGGGGGCGACGGCGCCGCGACGCCGGCGAUGGCGGCACAGGCGGCGAGGGCGGCGGAGGCGGCGGCCGCUGCCGCAGCAGCCGCGGCUGCGAGGGCGAGGGAGAUGGAGUUUGAAGCCUUCCAGCAGCAGCCGGGGUACCCCCCGCAGCAGCGCGGCGCGUCGGGGUAUCCCCCGCGGCAGGGCGGCGGAUACCCGCCCCAGGGUGGCUACGGCGGCCCGCCGCGCGGCGGCGGCUUUGGCGGCCAGCAAGCCCCCCCGCGGGAGGGCGGGCAGGGGGGCUACGCCCCUCCGCGGGGCGGCUUUGGCGGCCUGGGCUUCCCGCGGCAAGGCGGGCAGGGGUACCCACCUGCCCAGGGUCAGGGCCCAGGCGGGUACCCGCGGCCAGGACAGCCCGGCGGGCUCGGCGGGCAGCAGUACGGAGGCGGCCAGUACGGCGGCAGCGGGCAGCAGUACGGGGGCGGCGGCCAGUACGGAGGCGGGCCGCAGUACGGAGGCGGGCCGCAGUACGGAGGGCAGUCCGGCUAUGGCGGGCAGUCCGGCCGGGGCUACGAUGGCGGCGAGGGCUUCGGCGCUGAGAUGCCGAUGCCCGGCCGCGAGAAGGAGUACGAGGACUGGAUGAAGGGCGGCGGUGGCAUGGGCGGCCCCUCCGGGCCCGCCUCCCGGCCUCCACCCAUCGACGACGACCGCCGCAACCGCUCACCAGGAUUGAAGAACAACUUUUACGACAUCCCGACCUCGGACUUCAAGCGGCCCUGGACCGGCGCGCGCCGGUAG